UUGGUCACUUUGGCUCAGUAGUAAUAGGACCGCUUGGGUAUUCGCAGUUUGUUGUGUAGUGUUCCCACAAUUUUAACUCCAACGGGCAGGGCAGCAGGAAAAUGACUAACUACGUUUCCUCUGCUUCUCUGGUGGUGACCACCGCCCUCGUUUUGCUUUCCUUCUUCUCCACCUCUCUGCUUCUCUGCAAUGCUGCUGCUUACCCACCACACCACCGCCACCCUAGCUUCGCCUCUCACAACUACAGAGAUGCUCUCUCCAAAUCUAUUCUCUUCUUUGAGGGGCAGAGGUCAGGAAAGCUCCCUCCUAACCAGAGAAUCACUUGGAGGAAGGAUUCUGGUUUAUCAGAUGGCUCUGCAAUGCACGUUGAUUUGGUGGGAGGCUAUUAUGAUGCAGGGGACAAUGUUAAGUUUGGGCUUCCAAUGGCGUUCACCACUACCAUGCUCUCCUGGAGUGUCAUUGAGUUUGGCGGCCUCAUGAAAGGCGAGCUUCAGAAUGCUAAAGAAGCCAUUCGCUGGGCUACUGAUUACCUUCUCAAAGCCACUGCCCACCCAGACACAAUCUAUGUUCAGGUAGGAGAUGCAAACAGGGACCAUGCUUGUUGGGAGAGGCCUGAGGAUAUGGACACCCCCAGAAGUGUGUUCAAGGUAGACAAAAAUACUCCAGGAACUGAGGUGGCAGCAGAAACAGCUGCAGCUCUUGCAGCAGCUUCUUUGGUCUUCAGAAGGAGUGACCCCACUUACUCCAAGACCCUAGUCAAGAGAGCUAUUAGCGUCUUCGCAUUUGCUGACAAGUACCGAGGCUCUUAUAGCAACGGACUGAGGCCAUUCGUCUGCCCCUUUUAUUGUUCAUUUUCUGGGUAUCAGGAUGAACUGUUGUGGGGUUCUGCUUGGUUGCACAAAGCCACCAAGAACCCAACCUACCUUCACUACAUUCAAGUGAAUGGACAAACUCUAGGAGCAGACGAGGCUGAUAACACCUUUGGAUGGGAUAACAAGCAUGUAGGAGCUAGAAUUCUUCUUUCCAAGGCAUUUCUGGUCCAGAAGGUUCAACCCCUCCACGAUUACAAAGGCCAUGCGGAUAACUACAUUUGCUCUCUAAUUCCAGGAACCCCCUUCUCUCAAACUCAGUACACCCCAGGUGGUCUUCUGUUUAAGAUGAGUGACAGCAACAUGCAGUACGUGACAUCAACGUCUUUCCUGCUGCUCGCUUACGCCAAGUACUUAACCCAAGCUCACGCGGCCGUUAAUUGCGCCGGAACCAUUGUCACCCCGAGACGGCUUCGUACCAUUGCCAAAAAACAGGUGGACUAUUUAUUGGGAGAUAAUCCGCUGAAAAUAUCGUACAUGGUGGGAUACGGCCCAAGAUAUCCUACGAGGAUCCACCAUAGGGGAUCCUCCCUGCCUUGUCUAGCUGCCCACCCGGCAAAGAUCCAGUGCUCCUCCGGCUUCAACUUCAUGAAUUCCCAGUCUCCGAAUCCUAACAUUCUCGUGGGGGCGAUCGUUGGUGGCCCCGAUCAGCACGACCGCUUCCCAGAUCAACGGUCAGAUUACGAGCAGUCAGAGCCGGCCACUUACAUUAAUGCCCCCCUUGUUGGAGCUCUUGCGUAUCUGGCCCACUCAUUUCCCCAACAACUCUGAAUCUGAUGAGGUUUCCCGGCCGGCGGCAACCAAUCCAAAAGUGAAGAGCACAAGGCGGCAUCUCAUCUUUUACCUUACCUUACCCGUAUUACUAUUAUUAUAAUUAUAAUUAGGCGUUUCUUUUUCUUUCUUUGUUCUAACUUCUAAGCCUACAAUUUGUUGCUGUGAAUUGCCACUGAUAGCCUUUUAAAAAUUUCGAUGGCUAAUUGUAGUAGUUGUAGGUCACAAGUUGUAUUCCACCCUACCCUACUGUCCCCACUA